AUGGCCGAACAUUUACGCGACGCAAAUGCCAUCGCACAGUUAAGGGAUCACAUCAGAGCUUCGAGGGGAAAUGGGCGGCUUCCAGAGUUAGAGGUCAAGGAAGAAGAUAGAGUCCGCGCAGCAGUUGCAUAUUGCAAGAUUGCGAUUCAGGCUAAGCAGUUAGCUGGCUACUGUGGCCUAAGGUCAUGGAUAGCAUGGGCUUUAGCUAAUAAGCUUAUCAACCUUGAGAAGGAGAAGGCGAACAGAAAGCGCAACCCUGAAGAUGUGCUCAAAAGAGCGCAUGCAGAAGUCGCUACCUUGACAUAUGACCUGGCCGAUUUUGGAGGCCCAACGACCCGUGUUCCGGCAGGCGGUACCAGCACCCCGCCGCCCUGGCACCCCGCUAGGAGACACACCUCGGUCAAGGCGGCUUAUGACAGCGGCCAACCCCUGGAGCGACGCACGCUACGGCGCACGCGGAGGGACGCGCGAUAUGGAGAAUUCCGGACGGCGUGGCCAUCGUGCUGCAGAAGACAGACAGAAGAGCUGGAGAGCUUGCGCAAAGGGAGGGACGAGCCCCAGGCAACCAACCUACUCCUUAAGGGCGACCUCAAGGAGGCGAUGGAGAGCGUCGAGAGGUCCGCCGAGGACCUGGACGAGGAUUUCGACCGUGCCGUCGACGUUGCGACCAAGGUAGUGGACGCCACACCUCAAGACCACCCUCAUCGCGCUGCUGCUGAGGAUACUUCUAAGCCCCUUAACAAGGGGGCAAUAUUAAUUGGCAUCGAAAAGUAUUCCUACAAGAACUCGGUAAAAAAAAGAAAAAGAUGUACGAAAGGGGUCAAGAUGAAAGCUCCCAAGGACUUGGGGGGUUGCGUUAAUGACGUGCUGGCCGUCUGGGAUUAUCUGAUCAAGACCAUGAAGCUGGACGUCGACAACAUAAAAAUGCUCCUGGCGCCGGUCGAGAACAUGACGCACCGUCCGCGUUCUGGCCGACGUCCCGAAUACGCCAAGGAGAACGACCUGGUGUACAUCCACUACUCCGGUCACGGCGGCCAGGCGUCGACGGUGUUCGCCAAGCUCAAGAAAAAUAGCGACGAUAUCGACCACUCCCUGCUGCCGCCAGAUAUCGCCCUCGUCCGGAAGUACCUCCGCGACGUCGAGCUCGGCGCCCUGCUGCAGGAUAUUGUCGAGGUCGGCGUCGUACUCACGGUGGUGCUUGACUGUUGCCACUCAGGCGGUGCCAUCCGCGGCGAAGAUGACGACGACGACAUCCUAGAAGGGGUGCGCGGCGACGACCAGGUGUACCAGUCCAACCCCGGCGAGGACCUUCCUCCGAGCAAGGCGAGCAUCGAGCACUGGGGCAACACGGCGCAGUGGAUGGAGAGGGAUGGGACGGUGUCCCGGCACGGCCGGCUGACCUUCUGGUUGCUGGAUACGGUGCGCACUAGCCCACGGAGCCUCAGCUCGGCCGCCAUCUACGACCGCGUUUGCGCCAAGACCCAGAACAGCGUCCCGGACCAGACCCCCUACCUCGUUGGCGACCACUACCGCUUCUUCUUCGGCCCCAAGCACCAGUCCCAGGUUUGCCGUGCCGAGGAUCCGCUGUCCAUUAAUCUCAACGCUAUCGAACUUGCCGUCCAGCUCGUCCCUCCCGGGCGAGCCGGCCAUCUCAUAGCGGGCUAG